GAUGUAAGAUUUGAGGCAUCAUGAUAAUUUUCUCACAUACAAAGCUACCCCCAUCUCUGCGUUUUAGGUAACAUUCAAAGACUAAGCUCUACCGACAUGCACGGUUUCUUCCUUCUCUUAUCCACUUCCCUAGCUUUCUGGACUUGACUCAUCAAUUACCCAAACCAUGAUUCCGAUAUAGACCCGUCUAGUUGUCCCAGCAAGCAAGAGACAAGACGAAAUGUUUGAUUUGGUAGACCAAUUUUUCAGCCUAACCAUGAAUUUUUCCUUCUCGAAGUUUUUUCCUGCGGUCAGUGGACCUAGCACUUCUAGAGAAAGGAGAGAAGGUUGGAAGCUCAGUGAAGACAUUAGGAGCAAGCAGGAAAGAAAAGGAACAUAUGCAGUUAGUGAUGUUACAUACUUAAAAAAAUCCAUAGCUGUAUUGUGGAAUAAGGAGCUCAAAGGCAACAACAGAGGACUGAAUAUGCGUUUAAUCUGCACAAGCACUAACCAUUGAAUAAUAGCAUUGGACUGAGUAUUUCAGGUAUCACCUCUUCUCUUUAAUUUCUUACUUCCCUUGAGUAUCUGUUAUUCAUAUCUGGUUAAGAGUUGCAACCACUGACUUUGACUCUAACCUUCCAUCCCAAGUUCAAAAUGGAGUAGAAAAACUACAGAGAAUAAAAAUCCAUAAAGCUC